AUUCUUUUCCUGAUAUUUCCAACAACAUCGCAUAAGGUUCCCAUUUUCUUCACAAAACUCUUUAACACUGACACACAUUUAACCCAUUUAAACAGCCCUGAACAGAAUCUACAACCAGGAAUUGAAUUCCAACAUCCUCAAACAACAAACCUUAAUACUACUACUAAUAACAAUGUAAAUAAUAAUAUAAACAACAACAAUACUAAUACUACCAGUAAUAACAAUAAUUUGAAUAAUAAUGAUGUAAACAAUGUGAAUAAUAAUGAUGUGGAAAUUGGUAAGAAGGAGUUAUCUGAAGAGGCAUAUAAGUUGAAUGAAGAGUUAAAGAAUAUGGACGAAACAAAGGAUAAAAUGAAAGAACUAGAAAAGAAUGAGGAGGAAUUAUCUGAAAAACUGAGAGAUACAAACUAUGAAAAGCUGAGUGAGUUAGUGAAGAAGAGGAAUUUACUCUUGAAUAAAAUCUCAGAAAUCGGGAAAACACUCAGGAAAGAACACGACACGUUCUAUCCAGAGUUAAGGGAGCAGCCUAUAAUACUCAUUGCCAAAUCCAGCCAAGAUGAUAAAAGAAAAGCAAAUCAACUGGCACACCUACAAGGGUUUGAGGAUGUGAUGAACAGGAUAACAUCACCAUGUAAUUUAAUGGAGGAAUUAAGGGAAAAAUCAGUCGACAAAAAGGAUGAUACGAUGGGUAAAUAUGAGAGAGAGCAGAAGGUACUGGAUUCAAUGAAUUGGAAGGAAAGACUUAACUAUGACAAUAAUAUGAUCGAGCAUUAUGAGUCAAUAAUGAGUGAAAUAGAGGAAGGAAUACGUCGAGCGGAAGAGGAAAUUGAAAAUUCUUGGAACCAGUUUAUACAUCAAUAUACAUUUUAGAAUCAUAUCGCCGAGUUAGGGCAGGAAGGAAUUGGUGAGGUUGGGAUGGGCCAAAAAUUGGGGAAUCAAAAGCAACCAUUCAAUAUAUAAGAGAUUAAU